AUGGGAGACGGGACGAAGAUGGAAGAUCCGCUCCUCCGGGGUGCCGCAUUCAUCACCGGCGCCGCCUCCGCAAAGACUCACGAGCUCGGACCAGGUAUCGGAAAGUAUACGGCCCUCGCCUUUGCCAAGCAUGGCGUCUCCUGCCUCGCACUCGCCGAUGUCAACCUCGACGCCCUCAACGCAUCCGUUGAGGCGCUCAGGGAACAAUAUCCCCACGUCGAGACGCUGACGCUUCACAUGGACGUCCGCAAGGCUGAAGAAGUGCAAUUGGCUGUCUCUCAGGCUGUCGCCAAGUUUGGCCGUCUCGACAUUGCCGUCAAUAACGCUGGUGUCGGCGGAAAGACCCUUCUGACGCAUGAGCUUGACGAAGCCGAAUGGCAGCGUGUCAUUGACAUCAAUCUCAACGGCGUCUAUAGGUGCCAAAAGGAGGAGCUUUCCGUCAUUAAAAGCCAAGGGGACUUCGGUAGCAGGAGAGGACGCGGAGUCAUUGUCAACGUUGCCUCCAUGUACGGCUUGGGUUGCACCCAGAAGCCCCCUAAUGUGCACGCAGCCAUCCUCGGAUUCACCAAGGCUGAUGCCAACGCCUACGCCCCAGACAAGAUCCGCAUCAAUGCCAUCUGCCCUGGAUACGUCGCCACGCCGCUCACCCUCUGCGCCCCAGCCGACAGUCCGAUCCACGAGCAUGUGGCACAGACACCCAUGCAGCGCAUGGCCAUGCCCGAAGAAGUCGCUGACAGCAUUGUCUUUUUGGCCUCGCCAAUGAGCAGCUUCAUGCAUGGUGCUGGGCUCGUCGUCGACGGAGGUUUCACCAGCAUCUAA